CUCGUCCUGAGCAGGCGUGUUAGCGAGUCACGUGGUAACAAGAUGGCCGCCACAAGUGCAUACUCCACGCCCGUUAAUACAGUGGACAGGAAGAACAUUAUCUUACUUCUUAGAAAUAAUGUGCUCAAUACAUCUGUGGAAUUCAUACCUGAUUCUGAUUUGAUGGACUCGGAAUCACCAAUCAGAAAACCUACCACUCUUCAACCAGUAAUCAAGAAACUGUUCCAUUCUCCAGCGCAGGAGUUCAGUCCGAAGCGACUGGUCUCUAGAGAUGAAGUGGAUAGGAGUAAGAGAGUUAGAAAGAGAAAGCUAAUACCAGAUUCAGAUGAGAAGAUAAAAAGAGUAUAUGUUAAGGAGUUUGAAGGAGACAGCUAUAGUCCAGAAGUACAAGAGGGAAUGAGAAAGCGAGUGUUAAUCAGUCUAUUUCAUAACAAAGAGUAUUCAAUGGACUGCGGAGACUAACUUUGAUAUUUACAUUAUUGUAGUAAGUAUUUUUAUAUACCUUAUUUAAUAAGAUUGUCUUCCAGUAAUUUAAGAUUAAUGUCUUCCUUUUAAAUGAAUUAUGUAUCGAGUAUUUAUGUUAUAUAAACGAUUUUAAUGACUUGUAAAGAAUUAUAACAAGUGUAGGCUUUAAUAUGUGAUGCAAUGUAGAAAGAAAUUUAUGUUACGUAGGAUAAGGUUAGGAUACGAAUGCGGAGAUGUUUAAAUAAAUUAUGAUAAUUUGUAUG